AUGCCGUUCUGCGAAGAGAGAAGCAAGCGGACUGUAAAUGGACUCUGGAGUUUGAAAAAGAAGCUGUGCCCUCAUGCACCUGCAACAGAGAGAAGCUCCGGCGGCGCCGCGAUCCGCAGCAAGCACGGCGGCUACCUGAGCAUGGACGAGAACGGUGUGGUGCGGAUCAAGGAGCUGCAGAAAGCCGGCGACCAGGAGAUGUUCUCCGAAGUGGCCCUGCUGUGA